ACAAAGUGAGACAGGUCACAAAAGCUGCGGGUGCGCUCUUCCUCACCUCUCUGCAGUAAACUUGUUAUUUCCAUCCGAGCUCACACCACCCGCCUCCGCUCUCUCUCUCUCUCUCUCUCUCUCUCUCUCUCUCUCUCUCUCUCUCUCUCUCUCUCUGUCUAUCUCUCUCUCUCUGUCUCAGUUUCUCUGUGUCUAUCUUUAUGCCACUCAGUGCGUCGGUGCCACAGUUCCCAUGCGCUCCUCACUUACUUUAAAAGUCACCUUUCUUGUGAAUAAAUGGAGACAACCUGAGCAGCUGGGAUUCAUGGUUAACCAACCGCUUUAAAACAAACAAAUAAACAAACAAACAAACAAACAGGCUACCACACCUCGGGCCAAGUUUGACUACACUUCAGCUCUUUUUGGACAACUCUCCGCCGCAUCUCAGGGUGUAAGAGAUGGAAAAUGGGGCAUGUGAUGAUGUGGAGGCGCUGUGGGAGAAAGUGGAGUGCAAACGUUACGAACUGUGUCGCGCCAUCUCUCCGUCCAAGCUCACCCCCUACCUCCGGCAGUGCAAAGUCCUGGAUGAGCAGGAUGAGGACGAGAUCCUCAACUCCAUGCUGCUGGUCUCCAAAGCGAACCGUACAAGCCGUCUACUUGACAUCCUCCACACUAAAGGAGAGCGGGGGUACGUGGCAUUUUUGGAAAGUCUGGAGUUUUACUACCCUGAGCUGUACAAGCUGGUCACAGGGAAAGAUCCAACACGACGCUUCUCCACCAUCGUAGUGGAAGAGGGUCACGAGGGUCUGACCCAGUUCCUGAUGAACGAAGUGAUGAAGCUGCAGCAGCAGUCCAAAGUCAAGACCCUGCAGCAGGUCGAGCUGAGCAGGAAGAACUGCACCCUGGAGGACGAGCAGAAAAAGCUACGGUUGGCCAAUCAGGAGCUUCAGGCCUUCCAACAGAGGUACAACAAGUUGAAAGAAGAACGGAACACCUACAGCGACGAGCUGCUGAGAGUGAAGGAUGAAAACUACAAACUGGCCAUGAGGUACGCCACGCUGAGUGAGGAGAAGAACAUGGCUGUGAUGAGGAGCCGAGACCUGCAGCUAGAGGUUGAUCAGCUGAAACAUAGGCUGAACAAGUUGGAGGAAGAGUGUAAGAUGGAGAGGAGGCAGAGUCUCAAGCUGAAGAACGACAUCGAGAACCGGCCAAAGAGAGAGCAGAUCUUCGAGCUGGAAAGAGAGAAUGAGAUGCUCAAGAUCAAACUACAGGACCUACAGUCCAUCAUACAGCCUGGUCCACUGCCUGCAUCAGACAAGGCCAUCCUUGACAUUUUGGAACAUGACAGACAGGAAGCACUAGAAGACAGACAGGAUCUGGUCAACCGCCUCUACAACCUCCAUGAAGAAGUCCGACAGGCGGAGGAGCUACGAGAUAAGUACCUUGAGGAGAAGGAGGAUCUGGAGCUGAAGUCCUCCACGCUGCAGAAGGACUGUGAGAUGUAUCGCAACCGCAUGGACACCAUCACAGUACAGCUGGAUGAGGUGGAGAAGGAGAGGGACCAGGCUUUUCGUGCCAGAGACGAGGCCCAGCAUCAAUUCUCCCAGAGUCUCAUUGACAAAGACAAAUAUCGCAAGCAGAUCAGAGAGCUGGAGGAGAGAAGUGAUGAACUCCAUAUCGAGAUUGUGCGCAAAGAAGCGAAGCUGGUCACUUUGGAGUCUCGACUGCGGCGGCUGUCCAAGGACAUUAAUUUGGACCAGAGUCUGCCAAGGGACCUGCCUCCGACCAUCAUCUCUCAAGCGGGGGACUAUAAACCCGUCCAGGACCAAUCAGAAUGGUCCAGCGAUGAGUCGCCAGGGGAGAAGUUCUUAUCUGAGGAGCCACGUCUCAAACGCAGACCCAACCUCAAAGCAGGGAUCAGAGUAAAGUCUCCAGUCUGUUUACCCAGAGAAGUCAACUUAGAGUCCUCUCAAUCUGCUGCUCUGUGUGUCAACGGGGGAGAUUUCCUGGAAAUCCAGAUGCGGAACUCGCACGCCAAAAGCAGCUCCCUCCCUCCCUCCCCCAGCAUCCCGAUGUCCCCCAUAUAUCCCCCCUUCUCAGUCACCUCACUCUCCUCCCCCCCUACCCCCUACCAAAUCCCCUUAAAUAUGGGGGACGGGUCCAACAGGCCAAAUAUGCUGCGUUACCGUAACGACAGCAUCCUGUCCACACUGCCUGAGCCACCAGAGAAAGCAUCACUUUACCGCAGAGAGAGGGAGAAGGAACAUGACUUCCACCCUCGCAGCCUCUCGGACUUUGAUAGUGACAACAUGGAAAUGGAGUUUGAGGACGAAGUACAGCGUGGUCCACCUUCUGUCCACUCAUCUUCCUCGUCCCAUCAAUCAGAAGGGAUGGACUCUUACGACUUGGAGCAGGUCAACAAUAUCUUCAGGAAACUCUCACUGGAGCGACCGUUCCGCCCUUCUCUGUCCUCCUUCUCCAGGAUCAGCACUACCCUGAAGCCGGUGCAGGAGCUGUCUUUGCUAGGCGACAACCUGUUGAAGGACAUCUCUUUCGUUGGUGGCAACGAGAGCGGGAUUUUCAUCUCAGCUGUCCAGUCGGGUUCCAUCGCUGAGAAGGCGGGGCUUCGAGAGGGCCACCACCUCCUAUUGCUUGAGGGAUGCAUACGUGAGGAGACCCAAAGCAUUUCAUUGGAUACCAGCACUCAGGAAGAAGCCUAUUGGACGCUGCAGCACUGCUCCGGGCCAGUCAAGCUGCACUAUCGAGCCAACUUUGACUCUUACCGUCGCCUUCAGAGGGACCUGGCGGAAGGCCCACUGGUUUCUGGCGACUCCUUCUACAUACGGGUCAACCUCAACAUCUCCGGCCAAUCAGACUGCUGCUCUCUGAGUGUGCACUGCGAUGAGGUGGUGCACGUGCUGGACACCAGGCACCAGGGCUGCAGUGAGUGGCUGUGCGCUCGUGUUGACCCCUACAACGGCCUUGACCUGGCCGAGCGUGGCACCAUACCCAGCAACUCACGAGCCCAGCAGCUGCUCCUGGUAAAGAUUCAGAAGUUAGUAUCUCGUGGGGGGAAAGAAGAGAAUGAGAUCAACCGCAAUAAGAACCAUUUACAACCAGAAGAAGCCAGCUCGUCACCUGAGCCUAAAGCCAGCCCACGCAUGUCUAGAGCCAGCAUCUUCCUCACCCAGAUACUACAGUUCGUCAGCAGGGUGGAUAUCAAGUACAAGCGAAUGAACAGCAAUGAGCGUGUUAGGAUCAUCAAUUCAGGCAGCUCAACACUACCCAGACAAGGUUUUGAAGCGCUCAGACCAGAAGACGCUGCUGACCCAGACAACGAGCUGAGCAGGAGUUUGAACCUGAUUCCUUACAGUCUCGUCACCCUCCAGCGAACUCAGAGGAGAAGACCGGUCCUAUUCACUCCCACUGCUCUAGCCAAAACCAUUAUCCAGAAAAUACUCAACAUGGGGGGAUCCAUGGACUUUGAUAUCUGCAAACCAGACACCCUCAACAAGGAAGAGUUUCAUCUGAAGCAGAAUGUGGAGCCAUUUAUUCACUACAAAGAGAAACACACCACAUUUGAAUGCAUCACCCGAGAAAACAUAGAGGCUGUUGCUUCUAAGGGAAAACACUGCCUGCUUGAGGCCGAGCUGAGCUGCGUUAAAGACCUUUUGCGGCGAGAGAUUUACCCGAUCAUCAUCUACGUCAAGAUCUGUGAGAAGAAUGUCAAGAAGUUACGGAAGCUGCCUCUGCGCGUGGAGUCGGAGGAGGAGUUCGUGAAGUUGUGUCGGGCAAAAUUAAAGGAGCUGGAGGGAAUUCCUUGCCUCUAUGCCAGCGUGGAGCCCGAGGCCUGGGCAGGGACGGACGACCUCCUCAGGGUCAUCAAAGAGCGAAUACUAGAGGAGCAGAAGAAGACGAUCUGGGUGGAGCAGGACCUCCUGUAGACACACGAACACUGAAACACACAACGGUCUGACAGACAUGUGUAGCUGAGCAACAUAAAACGCUCUUGAACGUAAUGCUCUUAUGCAUAUUUAUGCUAAGACUCAAAAUUGCACUUGUGGACACUCACCCUGCUAAAGACUUAAAAUAAAUGCAUUAUAUAUUUUGUAAAUUAGUGUGUUUACUUUGAUUUAGAUAAAUAAACAGAUGGAAAACA